UUCUUUUUAGUCGAUGCCUCAGCUCAGUCAGAUUUAAACCGCGCUACGGGAAGGAUAUCCUAACGACACGAUGAACAACCUUAUCAAGUGCUUAAUGACGAUCGGCUGCCUGUGCCUGGCACUGAUCGAUCAGGCGGAUUCGGAACAACCGUCGACUAGAUUCAACGUGAGCUUCUCCCAGUUGGAUUCUUGCGAAAGCUUCUCGGUUCCAAAUACAGGAUAUGGCUACCGGAAGUUCUAUAUGCUCCACGAGCUAAGCAACAACAACCGAAAGGCUGGGGAGCGGCUGCACUUGAAAUUUUACGUGUUGACCUCCAUGGAUGCCCACAUCCUGCUCUCGGUAACGAGUCAUCCAAGGGUAAAUGAUCGCGUCUACGAGAUCGUGAUAGGCGCCGGCGGAAAUACGUUCUCCGCGAUCCGUACCUCCAUGGGAUUGAGGCGAGUGGCCACGAGUCAAGAACCGAACUUGGUAUCACUGUACGAGCCAACGCCAAUAGAGAUUGUCCAGACGCAGAAUGGCGAGUUGUUUGUUUAUAUACCCGGCUUCAAGUCUGAGCCGCUGAUGCAGUUCAUCGAUGAAUCUCCGCUGACCAUCAACUAUAUAAGUUUUAGCUCUUUUGGUUCCAACACAGCGCGCUGGUUCUACGACUGUGGCUUUGAUGGUUAUGACAAGGAAAUAUCUCAGGAGGUGCACGAACCGACUCCAACUGAGAAACUUCUGGACCGAUUGAACUUCCUGGCGGAGAAUGCCAGCUUGCCAGCGAAUCUCAGCUCCGUAUUGUUCCACUUCCAAACGCGAUCACUGGCCUACGAGCAAACGAACUCCAUGCUGCAGACCCGUAUGCACAUGAUGCUGCACUGGCAUGACAGUCGCCUUGGCUGGAGACCCCAAGAUUUCGGAUCCCUGAAAUCCUUCGAGCAUCCCGAUCUGCGGAUAUGGAUACCGAAAAUGAACGUUCUCAACGGAGCCCUGCAGUCCGUGGGUGAGAUCCUCCGAUCCUAUGAGCUGAGGGUCUACGCCAACGGAAACAUCACCCUGUACGCCAACAAUCUGCAGCUGACCAGUUGGUGUGUGGAUAGUGCCCGAAACUGGCCCAACGAGCGGGUGACCUGCGACAUCGAACUGGGACUGAAUUUCCAGGAGGGACAGGAGACGUUGGCCCUCAUCUACGAUAGGUACCGCAAGCCCAUUGCGCCCAAUGAGCACGUGAACUUGCCCUCCGGCUGGUCAUUCACAGAAUUAUCCGUGGUGCGAGUGGACAGCGAUGCGGCUAGGAGAUAUAACCCCAAGGGAAUGAUGCAGAAAAUGGAUGGGGAUGUGGCCAUAGAGUUUACGCUACAAAGAAACCGCAGCUUCUACAUGACCGUCUUUUAUUUGCCUCUGCUUGCCUGCCAGAUGUUCUUGAUAUUGUCGUUUGUGCUGCGUUCUACUCGUAGAAGUGCCCUCAUCUUCAUCGCCCUGCUGAUAACCGCUUGGGGCCUAAUGUAUAUGACGCGCCACGCCGCCCCGCACUAUGAGCCGCCCCUAAUGACUGCCUAUAAGGCUGUAAUGAUGGUCGCUACCUAUUGCUACAUCCUGCACAUUUGCAUGAUAUGGUUGGAAUUGUAUCCUCCAAGAUCGCAGGCUCCUGACUGGUUGGUUGCCCUGAUAAACUCCAAUGUGCUGCGCUGUGUUCUGGGCUUGAGAUUUGCAGAUUCCAACGACUAUUGCGACAUUCAGACGAAUCCGUUGCGCCAUCUGGCCAAAAUCCUGAACAACUUGAGCUCUCUUCUGGUCAUAAUUACCUUCGCCUUCGUAGACAUAACAAGUGGAGUUUGAAAAAUCGAAUUUUUCUUUAUUGUGCCUUUGAGAGAAUAGUAUUGGUUUCUUAAAUAAAUAAGAAGUAAACAGAGAA